CCGUUUGCUUCGAAGGAUUUUUCAAAACGAAAAAUGUAUUGGUUUUACUUGAUGUAAACAACGUUCAAACGGAUUAUGUGUUUACUCUCGUGACAUACUUAUUGAAAAAUUAAUUUAACGGUCAUCAUUUUAUCUGAAAUCGCUGAAUAACCACGGGGAAAUUGAUUACUACAUGCAAAUGAGACCAAUUUUGUCCGCCAGAAUGAUUUUAUUAAUUCAGCGGUUCGUCGUUUACCUGUGCAAGAUACGGAGGGUCAUAAUUCGAAUUUCGAUGAUGGCGAACAACGGGGAACUUGCCAAGAUGGACAGAAAGGCGGCCGUAAGCAUCGUCGAUGCUUUGAAAACGUAUUCCGCCGAAACCGUAGUGCUAAACGGUUUGAACAUGAGAGUACCUUCGGGAUCCAUUUAUGGACUUUUAGGAUCUAGCGGCUGUGGCAAAACAACCUUGUUGAACGCAAUCCUUGGAAAACUGACACUCGAUUCUGGAACUAUCGAGGUGGACGCAAGUAGCGUUCUGGAAAUCGGAUACAUGCCUCAAGACGUCUGUCUAGACAAUCUACUCACUAUACGGGAAACUCUGCAGUACUACGGUUGCUUGUAUUUAAUGAGCGGCGAAGAUAUUGCGAAAAACAGUAAAAGACUGAGUAGAUGGCUUAAACUGCCACCGAUGGAUAGCUUAUUAAAAAAUGCCAGCGGAGGUCAAAUGAGAAGAGUGUCGUUGGCUGUAUCUCUAAUUCAUGAUCCGAAAAUAUUAAUACUCGACGAGCCCACGGUGGGAAUCGAUCCGAUAUUAAGACACGAAAUUUGGCAAGAAUUAUUGAAAAUCGUCAACGAGCAAGGCAAAACUAUUAUAAUCACUACGCAUUACAUAGAAGAAGCACGUCAAUCGCACAUGAUUGGUUUAAUGAGAAACGGUGUCCUGAUUAAAGAAAGCUCGCCAAAUCAGUUGCUGGUUGAGCAGAAUACAAAUACGUUGGAAGACGCGUUUCUAGCACUGAGCUCACAUCAAGAUUUAGGAGAGAGUCGUGUACAAUACAAACAAACGUUGGCGAAACAAUCUAGAUUUAAUAAUACAAAAUCACUUACAUCCAUACAAACGCCCAGUAAAAUUUCUUUAAUCAGAAUCAAGGCAUUGCUCAAGAAAAACAUUGUCGUAUGCAGUCGCGAUUACAUGUUUGUGUUUUUGGUUAUAUUUUUUCCGAUAUUGGCGGCCUUAAUUUAUAAUCUGGCCAUCGGUAGAAACGUCGAAGACGUUAAGAUUCAUUUUCAAAACAAUGAAAUUCACAACUGCAAAAAUACUAGCGUUGUCGGUGGAUGUCUCUACGAUGAUGACUAUGUUAAUAGUCACAAGCUAAGCUGCCAACUCAUCGACAGACUGCGGUCUUUAAAAUAUGAUCUGGUACCGAUAGACAGCCAGAAAGCGGGUGACUUGGCAGUAGAUAAAACCAAAGCGUUUGCUUUUAUUCAGUUUCCGAAAAAUCACACUUACGGCCUUCGUCAAUACGUUCAAGGCGCUUGGAAAUCUGACGUUGAAAUUCCGCCCGAUACGAUUGCACGAGUGCACGUUGAUUCUGGAAGUGUUUUAAUUAAAAAUCAAAUCAUUUACGAUCUCAAUAACGUCUACGGGGACAUUAUUCUAGCAAGUUCAGAAUCGUGCAAAGGGAAAUCGGUUCGAGGAAAUCCUUUGAGAAUCAAAAAUGUGGUAGGAGGAAAAGUCAAAGCGUACAUUCACAGUAUAGCAACUAUGUUUGUUGCAAUGAUAGGUUUUUAUUUCUCAAGUAUUAUUUCGGCGGGAUUCAUGUUGAAGGAAAAAAUGGAAGGUUACCUAGACCGGGCUUUGACCGCAGGCGUUAAAAUACCAGAAGUGAUAAUUUCAAUAACAUUGAUUCAAACCGUAAUUCACGUUUUCCAUAUGGUUUGUGUUAUGACUAUCACAUACAUCAUGUUUCGAAAUCCAAUAGAGAUCACUAGUGGGCUAGUCGUAUAUGCAUUUUUAUCAAUAUUUACGGGCUGGUUGGGUUUACUUACAGGGUUUUUAGUCGUCGGCGUUUCAAAGUCAGGCUCAGAAGCCAUGCACUUGGUGAUUGGUUGGAACAUGAUGCAAGUCUACGUGUCCGGUGUAACGUGGCCCAUUGAAGCCCAGCCGACUGUCAUGAAAGCCAUAUCCGAACAUCUGCCUUUGUGCUACAUCAGUAGGUUGAUGAACGACAUCGCGCUGAAAGGUUGGACCAUCGACUGUCCGGCAAUUUGGAAAGGCACAGCGAUGGUAAUCGUUUACAUUCUACUGCACUCCAUAAUGCUGUGUUGUUUGAGCCGAGUGAAAAAAGAAGCGUGGCUCAUACGAAAAUAGCACUUGCAUAUAAAUUAUCUUCAAUUUAACUCACUCUUAAAUUAUUUGUUUGGCGCAUGCGAAUUGCAUAACGCUAUUUAGAAUCAGCCUUGAUCGAGUAGGGAGUUAUAAAUGUGU